GGUGAUUUUUCCGCCUGCUUCGGUUGUGUUGGAUGUUUUGAUUCGAACUAGCUGAUACCCAGUACUCUAAUGCGUUGUUCCUUUAUGUUCUGAGUCGCUUUCUUUUCUAUCUCUGUUCAUUUGGUUUGAUUUCCCGAAACGGUUGAGAGUGUCUAUCUGGCCGAUAUGACUGAAGGAACUCUCGCCUCCGCGGUCGCACUUCCCGAUCAGGACUCGAUCCAGUCCCCAGAAGCAGGGCUUAAACGGAGACAAUCGUCCAUUACGGAGCCGGACUCGGAGCACAAACGACGUCGGCUGAGCUCCCAGACAGGAACGGAAACCCAUGAUUCUCAUCCCGGUGCCGAACGCAAACUAUCCUCCCCGAAUGUAUCAGAGCAGAGAUCGAGACGACCCGCCGCGGGACGGGAUGAGGAGCGCAAACGCGGACAGCGACUAUUCGGUGCUUUGUUGGGAACGCUUUCGCAGAGCUCGAAUUCGGCGGCCCAGAAGCGACGUGCGGAUAUUGAACGACGACAACAGGAUAAGCUGAAGUUGCAGGAUGAGGAGUAUGGCGAGUUGAAGAAGAAGAGGCGGGAGGAACGGGCGGUGAUUCGCAAGAAGGAACAGAGAGUCUACGAGGAGGAAUCGAUGCGCACGCGCCACUCGAAUCUUGUGGCAAUGGCUCAUUUCCUCAAGACGAGGACAGAGCCGGUAUUGUACUACAAGCCGUGGCAGCUAAGGUCGGAGGAGGAGGACAUAAUACAGGAUCAGAUCAGAGAUGCGGAGGCUACUGUCGCGCGAGAAGUUGAGGAGUUCGAGGCUCGCUAUGCAUCAUACGAGGAAAAGAAUCCCGAGGAGGAGAAGCAGGAAAUGCAGGAAGAGACGCAGGAACAAGCCGCGGUGUCCGAGUCAGAGGCCCUGGAGAACAAGAGUAUCGCUCAAGCCUCUUCGGUUACGCUGGGCGCUGAGACGACGGUCGACGGAGGCUCAGAGGAAGCUAAACCCGAGACUACGCCUGCUCACGAGAGCAAUGUAUCUAUGGAUCAUGACCGCUCCGAGGAUCUCCACCGACAUGAUGAUGAUGGCGGUGAGGUGGUGGAGGACCAGGAGGAUACGGUAAUUUAUUAGCAGCAGAAGCGAUAACUCUUGAAUCCACACAAUGGUUUCUGUUGUGUUGAGUAGCGAAUUGCAUAGCCG